AUGGAGAUUGCUAAACGAAUGGAGGCAGAUGCCGAAGCUAGUCAGGAGCCUUGGAAGGUUCUGGUUCACCGAAAGCUGCAACCUGAUUGGUUCCCGUAUGAUCCCAAGACGAUGAGGAAAGCUGACGUGGAUGGGGGGGGGAGUGAGCUGGCAGGGGCGGGAGGGGAGGAGGGAGGGGAGAAGGGAGGAGGAGAAAAGAAGGUAUGGCGCCUUGUGUCUUGGAAUGUGAAUGGGUUGAGAGCGUUGCUUAAAGGUGGAGAGGGGGAGGGGGAAGGGGAGGGGAGUGGGGGGAAGAGUACAGAGAAGGGGAAGGGGAAGAAGAAAGGGGGAAGGGGAGCAGCAAAGGGGAAGGCGGGCGGAGGGGAGGAGGGGGAAUCGCAGGAUCCAGCUGGCGAGUCGCAGGAUCAGGAGGUGACCAUGGCUGCUGACGUGGCGGCUGACGUGUCUGCUGACGUGGCGGCUGAGGCGACCGUGCUGUGUCGAUUGGCCGAGAGGGAGCGUGCUGACGUGGUGUGCCUGCAGGAGACGAAGCUGCAGGAGAAAGACGUGGGGGAGAUUCAGAAGGCUCUGUCUCCUUCCUUCCCGCACUCGUUCUGGAGCUGCAGCACGGCCAAGCUCGGAUAUUCUGGCACAGCUGUUCUGUCUAAGGUGAGUGGUACCUUAUUUGCUCUCCUUCUGUCUAAGGGCGUGGGGGAGGUUCAGAAGGCUCUGUCUCCAUCCUUCCCGCACUCGUUCUGGAGCUGCAGCACGGCUAAGCUGGGAUAUUCUGGCACGGCAGUGCUGUCUAAGCUUGGAUACUCCGGCACGGCAGUGCUGUCCAAGGCGAGUCAGUGGGACUUGUGUGUUGCUGUAUGGAAGGGCAGGCAGACGGGCGUCCGGGAGAUUGCAAAGGCGCUUUAUCUCCCUCCUUUCCGCACUCCCUUUGGAGCUGCAGCAGUGGAGAGCAUGGCAGUGCUGUCUAAGGCAAGCGGUAUUCUCGCACGACAGGCCAGAGCACGACAUGGAGGGGCGCAUGUGCGCUACGGCAUGGACAAGCCAGAGCACGACAAGGAGGGGCGCGUGGUGACGGUGGGAUAUAAGACAGUCACUGUUGAUUUCACUGUCUUUCCCUUUCAGGUGCCUCCUCUCUCAGUGCGCUACGGCAUGGACAGGCCAGAGCACGACAAGGAGGGGCGGGUGGUGUCCCCCCUCUCAGUGCGCUACGGCAUUGGCAAGCCAGAGCACGACAAGGAGGGGCGGGUGGUGACUGUUGAGUCUUGUCACGGUCGAAUCAAUCGUUUUGUACAUGUGCCAAUCUCCCCCACUUUUCAGGUGCCUCCUCUCUCAGUGCGCUAUGGCAUCAACAAGCCAGAGCACGACAAGGAGGGGCGCGUGGUGACUGUGGAAUUCGCCCCCUUCUUCCUCGUCUGCUGCUACACCCCCAACUCGUCCGAGAAGCUAGUCAGACUGGACUGUCGCACCAAGGAGUGGGACGACGCGCAUGUGGCAUUUGAGUCGACUCAAAAGUCGCAUGUGGCAGACUACCGCACCAAGGAAUGGGACGUCACAUUCGGCAGCUACGUCAAGGAGCUGGAGCACCAGAAGCCGGUGAUUGAACUGGAGAAGCAGAAGCCGGUGGUUGUGACUGGUGACCUGAACUGUGCGUUUGGGGAGAUCGACAUUUUCCACCCCGAGGGCAACCGCAGGAGCUCGGGGUUUACCGAUGAGGAGCGGGCGUCGUUUGCAGCUAACCUGCUGGGCGUGCCCUGGGAAGGGGAAGAGGGGGGAGAGGAGGGGAAAGGGGGAGAGGGAGGAGAGGGAGGAGAGAAGGGUUGGCGCCUGGAUUACUUUCUUGUGUCGCAGUCGCUAGCAUCAAGAGUGCACGACUCAUACACCAUGCCAGAUGUGCCUGGCAGCGACCACUGCCCCCUGGGGCUCAUACUGAAGAUGUGA